CGCCUGCGCCAUCCCGUGCCCUCUCCCCUGACCUCCCCGCUGUCUCGCUGUGGCUGCCCCGCCAGCAGGGCCAAAGUCAUCGUAUUAUUAUUAUUGCCCAGCUGGCCAACACCAGCAACCUCUCCUGCUCCCCGACAAGUACAGCACACCCAUUGCGGUGACUUCUGUAUAUUCUGUCCUAUCACCUCAUUGAAACAAUGUCUGCUGGUUCAGUUCUUGUCACCGGGUAAGAGUCGUCGCAUCUCCCCGCCGCUGCCUCCAGCAAUGCACUGA